AUGGACAACGACCUCACCCUCUCCCUUUCUGACGCCGAAAUCAUAGAGCACUGCCAACAAGCCACGUCCGACCUCUUCCUCACCGAUCUCAACAUGAAUAACCAAGUGGUCAAACUCACUGAGGAUCUGGUGGUCAAGUUCGGGUUUCUGAUCAGGGAGGAUGAAGCGCAGAACCAGGCCAAAGCGCACGAGCUUCUCGAUCCCAGUAUUGUACGAGUGCCCAGGGUGUAUCGCUACUGUAUGGACUCGGAACGAUACGGCUAUAUUGUCAUGGAGUAUAUGCACGGGGAGAGGAGGAAGGCCAAGUCGAGCAGCGAAAGCGCCAAAAGCAUCAACAUCCACGACGAAAGCACCGAGAGAAAGAAGUCCACCGACCAUAUGAAAGGGGAGAGAAAGAAGUCGAGCAGCGAAAGUACCAACAUCCACGCCUUGUCUCGAAUCCUCCAACACUUCGCCUCCAUCAAGGGCCCCAACCCCGGAUCUCUGACGGGCGGAGCUUCUGACAGUUCUCUCUUCGGCGAGACGCGCCCGACCUUCACAUCGGUGGAAGAGCUCGAGCGCUGGUUCAACCGUCGCCUACUCGAUCCAGAUCCGACAGCCCACGUCUCCUUCGCAGGCCAGGACCUGGUGCUGUGUCAUCUCGACCUCUUCCCUCGGAAUAUCCUCUGGCUCGAGGGCCAGCCGCCGUGUGUGCUUGAUUGGGCGACGGCGGGGUUUUUCCCGCGGAUUCUCGAACGGUGUUCGCAGCUCUUUUCAUCCUCGUCAGACGAAUAUAAAUCCCUCUUCGACCAACCUCUUUCCCCGUCCGAGGCGGUCCAGGUCGAUCGGAUUCUGCAGGCGGCGUGGAAUAAUAUGUAG